CGAAGAAGAACUGCUCGCGGAUGUGAUUAUUUUUUUACGUUCUUAUUGGGCGAUCUCAAACGUCCAGUCCGCUCUUUCCACCUUGGCGAGGUUUGUGACAAUGCCCAGCGCGUCCUAAUAUGCGAGUCUCCGCCGAUGGCGGAUAUCCAGGACCGGACGUCACGACGUAAAUGAAAGAAAGAAACGACCGCCACAUUUGUAGCUGCUUCAGUUUUGACAGUUUGUCAGGGCGGACGAGAAGUGAGGUACAAUUCCCUUGGUUGCUGUGGAUGUCUUUUGGUCAUCUUUUAAAGACUUACUUACGGCCUCCUCACUGAGUGGCCAUCAUGGCUUCGUCCCGGCUCAAGUACCUCUCUCUGGGCGUGUUGGUAUUCCAGACCACAUCUCUGGUGCUCAUCAUGCGCUACUCUCGAACCCUGCAGGCGGAGGGCCCGCGCUACCUGGCCUCCUCGGCCGUGGUGGCGGCCGAGGUCAUGAAGAUCGUCAUCUGCCUGAUGCUCGUCUUUAAAGAACACAGUUACAGCGUGCGCGCGUUCAACAGCAUCCUCCGCCAGGAGAUCGCCUACAAGCCCAUGGAAACGCUGAAGCUAGCCAUCCCCUCUGGCAUCUACACCCUGCAGAACAACCUGCUCUACGUCGCCCUAUCCAACCUGGACGCCGCCACCUACCAGCUCACGUACCAGCUGAAGAUCCUGACCACGGCUCUUUUCUCCGUGUUCAUGCUGGGACGCCGGCUGGGCGUCUACCAGUGGCUCUCCUUAAUCAUCCUCAUGGCCGGUGUGGCUCUCGUACAGUGGCCGACGGAAUCCCCGGUGGUGGCAGAGAAGGCGUCGACGCCCACGGGCUCCCAGUUUGUUGGUGUCAUGGCCGUUCUGGUAGCGUGCUGCUCCAGUGGCUUCGCCGGCGUCUACUUCGAAAAGAUCCUGAAGGAAAGCAAACAGAGCGUCUGGAUCCGAAACAUCCAGCUCGGAAUGUUCUGCUUCGUGUUCAGCUUUGUGGGGAUGCUGAUCUUCGACGGAGACAAAGUGAUGGAAUCGGGAAUGUUCCAGGGAUACAACGGCGUCACCGUCGCUGUGGUCACGCUGCAGGCGCUGGGCGGUCUGGUCAUCGCAGCGGUCAUCAAGUACGCCGACAACAUCCUCAAAGGCUUUGCUACGUCGCUCUCCAUCAUCCUCUCGACGCUCAUCUCCUACUUUUGGCUUCAGGACUUCGACCCCACCAGCAUCUUCUUCCUGGGAGCCGCCCUUGUCAUCGGCGCCACGUUUCUCUACGGUUACGAAGGCAAGAAGCCGCCCAACCCUAGCAGGGCGUGACACUGACACUGACAGCAGGGCCAAAACUGAGGUCAGGGUGGAGUUAGGGUUAAGAGGAACAAGUCCAAAAAAAAAAAAAAAGUCAAGAAUAAUUGCUGGCUACACCUUAAGUGCCUCAGUUGGGAAAGGAAAAUGACAAAUUUUGCAUGAUCACGUCACCUGGCAAUGUCAUCAUGUGAAGAAGAGACAACCACUGGGUAAGGCUUCUCGUUACCUGCGAGCAAAUACAUGAGAGUGGAGUUUGAGUUGAUUGAAAUUUUCAGUUUGCACAGCAAGUCUUGUGCCUUUUGGAUUUUGGCGAAAUUUCAACACAAAAUUGCGAUUAUCUUGACGUUUUUGUGCGGAAAUAUAUACAGGUACUCAUUUCUGAAUUGGCGUGCGCGGUCACAGUAUCUCCUCUAGUUGGCGCCACUGGCUGCAGCUGAGAUGGAGUCAAAAGGGUUCAACGAUUGUGUUGGGAAAUGAUUAGGGGGCAUUUAUGUGUACAUUUUUUGCCUCGUUGCCAGGCAACCGAUGGCCAUAUUUGCUCAACGUGGUGACCGAUUCACUUGAGAAACACUGAGAAGAGAUUACCUUAAGUUGUUAUGAAAAUACUAAGUCGGUUACAGUGGAUGUAAAUAAUUACGCCUUUAUAAUUAAUUAGGUGAAUGAAUCUAAGAUUAAUUAAAAAAAAAAAAAGAUUUCUUCAGCUCGUGUAAUUUAUUGCGUUAAUGUCCGGGUAAAUACAUGCUCCUUUUUUUUUAAUGCCAAUCAGAGAUUUAUUUAGAGGUUUUAUUUUGAAAAGCUUCAUUUAAUUGUAUGAUUUGACUGUUAUGAUUCCUCUUGUUUCGUUUUGUGGGUGUGUUUACAUUGUUUCUGAGAAUCUUUUUAUAAAGUGGCAAAACUUG